GCCCAUGUUUUACGAAGAUGACUUGGCCUUGGCAAAGUACCUGCAGCAGCAGGAAGAUGAUUAUUUGUAUUCAGACCAACUAUAUAUGGCCUCCUCUAGUGAAGGUGAAGAGUUAAGCCCUCAAAAAAUUAAAAAAAGGCUUGUUAAUAGGAAUUAUAAGUUAAAGAAGUCGGUGGAAAAUAACACUUCGAGAGCAAGUGACUCUUCCCUCAAUGGUAGAGAUUCCUUAAAGGAUAAGAAAACUCCUCGUAGUUGGUCACAAGAAGAGCAACGACUAUUCCUUGAAGGUUUGGAAUUAUACGGUCGUGAUUGGGAAAAACUUGCACAGCAUGUCGGAAAUAACCGGAACAAAAACAGUUGUAAAAGCCACGCACAGAAAUACUUUAUUAAAUUAUAUCUGGAUCAAAGUCCGUUGCCAAAGAAGGUCCAGGAAUCCGGAGAGGGCUACACUCUUUCAGGAAAGCCUUUAGAUCCAAACUCUGCUUCAUUAAAGGCUUACAGCGAUGGAUCUGCCUACAGAAAAGAGAUCGCUGAGAGAAAUGCCAGUAAAAGAAAAACUGUUACUAAAAAAGUUUCGAGUAAAGAAUCACUUUCAAAAACGAGAUUAAAUAAAACUAGAAAAAGCGAGAAACAGCUCCAUAAGGAAGAUUUCAUAUCUAAAAAUGUUAGAGACGAGCACUUACCAAAAUCCGCGGGAGAGUGUCGACCGGAGCGAUCCUCCGCUCGCCUUCGUGAUUCGCAAUCUAAACCUCCGGACUUCUGUUUAUUGGAUCCAAAAAGCCACCCGUUGCAAACGGCUGUUUGUGAGCGGUACACUUCUCUACAACAACCAUUUUCGGUGGAAGUUUCGAGCGCUGCUUUGGUAGUUAUGGAUUUUCACGCUCAUCUAGCGAGCUCCGAAGUAAUCGGAUUUUUGGGAGGAAUUUUUGACGAGCAAAAGAAAGUAUUAAAAGUUUUGGAAGCUUUUGCCUGCCGAGCAGUUGAUCAAGGGGAUCCGCAGUCCGUCUCGCACGAUGUAGAAACCAACGUGGAGAUGGAUCCUCAAAGUGAACUUGAGGUGAGAACUUUGAUCGGCGCAAGAAAUCUUCAAAUCGUUGGAUGGUACCACUCUCACCCCACUUUUAAACCCGUCCCGUCCCACACUGACGUCGUGAAUCAGUUUAACUAUCAGUUACUUUUCUAUAAGAAAGCAACUCAAGCGCCUCCCUUUAUCGGUGCUAUCAUUGGCCCUUACGAUUUCGUGAUGCCGCGAGAAGAGUCAGUGAUCACGUGGUUUAAUGUUAAAUCUUUUGGGAGCGAUGAUAAGCGCGCGAUGAUUUUUGAAAUCGAAGUUUUUGAAAGCGAAGAUUUCGAUCACGUGUCCGUAGAACUGCGCAAACUUGUUGAAUAUUAUAAGACAUUUCCGCACCGAAUCUACAAUUUUAACCAAGUUUGGAGGCACUGCCAAACUAAAGUGGAUGAAGCGGUUUAUGAAAAAUUCAAUACUGCAAUUGAAGAGGGUGAAAGCAAAUUUUCGCUGGUAGGCUGUAGAAAUUUACACGAAACAAUGCCGGUAGAAAAAUCUACAGCGAAAACAGAUAUUUUUGCACACGAUGAAAAAGAAAAUCUUCAACAAAAUAAUUUCCAAGAAAACAGCAGCGAACUUCUGCUUGUUCCCCGAACAUACUUGUCAAAAUUAGCAGUUUCUACUCUUUCGCGUGUAACUUCAGAUUCCACCGCUCGCAACGUGGUGCUGGACUCGUUGACUUAUCUCAAAAAUUCUAUAAAUUCUUAAAUUUCC